AUGUCUUCGGGUAGCACUACCGAGAUCGAGUCGGCAAUCUUCUCAGGGGGAGAAGGGGGUGAAGGAGCCAAUGAAAAGGCCAUCGGAACUCCUAUAGAAAACAAAGACCAGCCAGUCCACCACGAGUUCCCAGAGGGGGGCCUCAAGGCCUGGCUGGUUGUUCUUGGAUGCUGGUGCACUUCGUUCGCAUCUUUUGGCUAUGUCAAUUCUUUUGGAGUCUAUGAAACCUACUAUCUGCAGACAUUUCUGUCCAACCACUCUCCGUCGGACGUUGCCUGGAUCGGCGCAAUUCAAGCGUUUGCGCAGUUCUCAGCAGCCAUGGUUAGCGGCCCAAUCGCCGAUCGACACGGAGCUAUGGUCGUCAUCUGGCCAUGCUCCCUUCUCCUCGUUGUAGCAAUGAUGCUUACGAGCCUCUGCACCGAGUUCUACCAGUUUAUCCUGUGUCAAGGAAUCUUUCUAGGCUUCUCAUCCGGCCUCAUAUUUACUCCCGCAAUAUCAGUCGUUGGACAUUAUUUCCACAAGAGACGUCCUAUAGCCAUCGCUUUUGCCACCACUGGCUCUCCUCUUGGGGGACUCAUCUAUCCGGUUAUCAUGACAAAUCUGCUGAAAAACAAAAAUGUUGGAUUUCCAUGGGGUCAGCGCGUGUGUGGAUUCUUGACUCUGUUUUUACUCUGUAUUGCAGCAGUCACCAUCCGGCCAACGCCCUUGAGGAGAAAGGGGCCUCUGAUUCUUCCAGAGGCAUUCAAAAUUCCUGCUUUCUCUCUACAAGUAGCAGGCAUGUUCAUGGUCAUCUUGGGACUUUGGACGCCGUACUUUUACCUGGCAGACUAUGGUUCGGCCCAUGGGAUGUCUGAAAAUCUUGCAUCAUAUUUAUUCGCCAUAAUCAAUGCAGGUUCGUUUGUGGGUCGAGUAUUUGCCGGCACCGUUGCUCGGAAACUCGGCCAGUUUAACGUCAUUGCUGUUGCUGCUUACGCCUCAGCCAUAUUGAUGUUUUGCUGGCUCAAGAUCACUUCAUCAGCAGGAUUAAUUGUCUUGUCUAUCUUGUUUGGCGCCUCAAGCGGUAUUGUCAUUGCAAUGAUGAUGUCUACCCUUGCGCAAACGGCAGAUCACCCAAGCAAGAUUGGAACCUAUCUAGGGAUGUCCACCUUUCUCAUUGGAUUCGGUGGUCUGGCCGGCACACCAAUUACUGGAGCUCUAAUUGAGACAUACCAUGGCUACUCUCAGGGCAUCAUUUUUAGUGGAGCUGUCCUCAUGGCCGGAGCUGUAUUUCUCACCUGCGCCAGGUUUGCGUUCUCCAAAGACAAGCUCAUCGUAUAG